AUGCCCACCUCUAUUGUUGUUAUUGGGGAUGAUUUCAUUAGGAUGCGCCCGCGCACCUGCCCCACCACCCUGGCCAACGAUCCUAAACCGGCGACCUCCCGCGCCGACGGGAACAAUGAAAGUGAGAGAGGGCAGGAAUGCAGGCGGGGGUGCGGGCAGGUGCGGGGCGCGGGGGCGCAGGUUCCCGGUUCCCAGGCGAGGAAUGCCAGCACGAGCAACAAAGCCUACCCGCCGCCAUUCACCCCGCGCCCGCCCCGCGCCGCUAGCGCUGUUACGUUGUGCCUGCCGAAGAACUCCAUGGACAGGACGCAGGGCACGCCGGCGGAGGCCGACAGGCUCGCACAGCCCGCCAACAACAACAACACCACUAAACACCUCAUCGCUCAGACAGUUGGUCGAGUAGCGUGGUGUCGCGGGCUCUGCGGCGGUGCGCGCGCACUCAUAUCGAGCGUGGCCGGCCACCAGUCGCUCAUCCGCUGCCAGACACGACGGCCACCACGCCGCUCCCUGCUCGCCGCCCUGCACACGCUCCCACUAACUAAAUAA